CGGACCUUUACUCUGUCUUUGCUGAAGGUUCUCGGUCUCUGUGUCAGUUGUCACCACUCACCGUUGCGGCAUUGCCGGUUUGAUUUCAAUCCUUCAGUCCACUCACCACUAAUUAUAGAGAAAUUAAAUUUAUAAAAAUUUAAUAGAUUAUGCUCUCUCUCUCUCUCUCUCUCUCUCUCUCUGCAGAACGGUCAAACCGCCAUGGCCGUCCGUACUUCUGAGCUCCAUCUAGAACCUUCCCAACAUUCAUAAAAGCUAAAGCCUUGCCGUAAUAAACCUCUUAUUUCCAUUCCAGGAGUCCUUAAUGUCAGAUUCGGGUGAAAAUCAACAGCCUGAACAACUCUGCAACUUUUUCAGAAAGCCGUCAAGGAAUAAAAACAUCAGAAAACGAACAGUUGAUGAAGAUGAAAAAGAGGAUGCAAAAACAGAAGGCUCAUUCUUACACAGUCAGAAGAAAACCAUAAAACCCGACAAUAAGCUGUAUUUUUCUACUGGAUCCUCUAAGAACAAAAUGUCUAAUGAAGCAAAAGAAGAAUCUAAGAAGCCAAUUUUUCAGUUUGAGUCUUCAAAGGAAAUUCAAGUUGAACAUGAUAGCAGAGCGACAGCAACUCUAGAAACUGAGACCGAGUUCUCAAGAGAUGCUCAUGCAUUGUGUCAGAGAUCUCUUAAGCAAGCAGAGGAGGCUUUGAAGGGGAGAGGAAAAAGCUCUGGGGAUGAAAAGUUGUAUAAAGGCAUUCAUGGAUAUACCAAUUACAAGGCUGGUUUCCGAAGAGAGCAAACAUUUGCUAGUGAGAAAGCUGGUGGGGCACAUGGGCCUUUGAGGGCUUCUGCUCACAUACGAGUUUCUGUGAGAUUUGAUUAUCAACCGGACAUAUGUAAGGAUUACAAAGAGACUGGUUACUGUGGGUAUGGAGAUUCCUGUAAGUUUAUGCAUGAUCGAGGGGAUUACAAGUCUGGAUGGCAAAUGGAGAAGGAGUGGGAUGAAGCAGAGAAAGCAAGGAAGAGAAAUCUAGCUUUGGGAUUAGAUGAUGAGGAUGAUGGCGGUGUAGAUCCUGGUGAGGAAGAUGACAAUGAUGAUUCGUUGCCCUCUGCAUGUUUCAUUUGCAGGCAGCCUUUUGUCAAUGCUGUUGUAACCAAGUGCAAGCACUAUUUCUGUGAGCAUUGCGCAUUAAAGCAUCAUGCGAAGAACAAGAAAUGCUUUGUUUGCAACAAACCUACUCUUGGCAUUUUCAAUACAGCUCAUGAGAUACGCAAAAGGAUUGUUGCAGAGGGUAAAUAAUGGUUGCUCAGAUGUUCGUCAUGCUCUUUGGUUUGUAACUUAUUGGAAUGAAUAUUUUUAUUUUUGUUUUUGCUUUUGUUAGCAUUUGAAAGAGGAAGUUUCCUUAUCAGUCUCUCUUUUUCCCGGAAAAUUGUAAACUGUCUGGGGAAAUUCUCUUUAAAUAGAGAUCUUACUGAAGGAAAGUAAUUUAAGUAUGGAGUAAUAUUGUAGGCUUCUACAGAAUUUAAUUA